UAUUGUAUUGACUCACGGCUGCUCGAUUCCCAUGUUCCACCGCGUAACUGACAGCUUUCAGUUUAAACUGUGCUUCGUAAGCGUGUCUCUUUGCCAUUAUCGGGGUUGCCAACACAAUGACGCACAUACCGGUACAACGUUCUCAUCUAGUCCUCUGUUACGUCCGUCUUACAACAACAACAAUAAUGCCCACACUUCACACUUCACCCUUCAACGUUCUCAUGUAGUCCGCCUUACAAAAAAACAACACAUUAGGCGCACUGCACUAUAGGGCGCGCCGCACAUUUUGGAGAAAAUUUGAGACGUUUAGGUGCGCCUUAUGGUCGUGAAAAUACGGUAGAUCAGGACAAAAUGUGUAUACUUCGUACUAUAAUUUAAAGUUUCAUUUCAUGUGUAUGGUGCAUAAUAUCUUAUAUCUUAUAUGACAUUUGAUAAUUCAGAUAAUUCAGACACGUACACUAAAUCGGUAGUUUGUAGUUAAAGAAAACAUGGGAGUAAAUUGAAGCAGACAUCAAAUGCAUAUAGAAAAAAAAACUGGAUGUACAUUCAGUGCAUGAUUAAAUAUAUGCACUCUCUCUCCUGCAUUUCCCCCCAGCAUGUUUUUUUCACCAUGAAUUAAGGUUGUUUAUUUUUAUAAAGUGUGUGUGAACUGUGGUCAGUGUAAUUAUUCAAACAAAUGUUUGCCAUGUUUCUUCAGAGUCCAAAUGUAUGGCCAAAAGAGUGAGAUUGAGCCUCACUGUAGCUUACAUGUUCCACGAUAAUAUUAACCAAAUGUUUGAUUGAAUAUGUUGUUAGUAAUGUAAUGUCAUUCUAAUAUUUACCUACUCUUCAUAUAUCACUGAUAAAGUAUCAACACAUUAGAGAGUUUGGCCUUUUUCUGUGCUAGCUUACAUUUAUGAGUAUGACAGUCACAGUCUGCUUAUAUGUGAUUAUUUAAAGUAGCUAUUGGUAAGAAAACUUGAUUAUUUGAUGAGUUGGGAAUGAGACUCAAAUCAACUUUUCUUACAAAUAGAACCUUUAAUCCUUACAUCAUGAGAGCUGAGAGAAACCUUGGGCACUGAGCCACAUAGGCCCCACACUUAUCAACUUAUACCAGACUCACAGCGCGAUAAUGUUUCUCCACCCCACACCACUUACCAUCCAAUCAUACACACACUAACUGGGUGUAACAGCUCUCUGACGACCAGACCUGGUGGUCAACAAAUAUCUGGAGAGAAGAGAUAUCCAAUGUUUGUAAGACUAUAGUGCCAGCCUGCCUCAUCCCUACAGCUCAUCAGUGUUCAACACCUUAGAAGACCAGCACUAUCCUACUGUGCCUAAAAUGAAUCGUGUCUUGAAGAAAUUGUUUUUUACAUAACUCAACUCUGAGAGCAGGACAGAAUGACCAAAACAGAACAGAAGUGGACAAUGAAAAGCACAGAGAAAUCAGAAGACCAACAAACAAAAUGCAUAAAAAUCCAAAGAGAGACUUUUAAGAGCCAAAGACAAUUGAUAUGUCAGGUUAUAGAGGAGAUGGAACAACUUUGGGAAGACAUACAAAGAGAGAGAAAAGAAACUGACUACCUGAAGACAAAGACGGCGCAGCAACAGGAAGACAUUGAUGUACUGACUGCUGAAAAACACAAGCAGUCCUUGUUAAUUAAAAGACUGAGACUACAGGUGGAAAAUGUCAUUGAGAAACUCAAGGAAAAUAACAAUGAAGCCACUCAAGAAAAAAAUCAACUUCAGAAAAUGCGUGCUGAAAUAUACCAAGAGAGGGAAACUCUGGAAAGAAGAUAUGAUGAGAUCAUGAAUGAGCAACACAAGUUGGAAAUGAUCAAGUAUGAGAAGACAAAAUCACAUGAAAGUGAGGAGCCCAAAGAACCCAUCGAGCAGAUAAAGGGAGGGCAGGAGGUAAUGGAGAGGCUCAUGACUCAAAGUCUAUUAAGUCUAAUAUAUACAAAUAAGAAAAUAAUACUUAAAGCAAGCCAUGCUAAGGAACAAUUGGAGAAAAACCUGGCAGACAUAAAGCAAGAGUUAAAGAGAAAUACAAUGGAUAUUACUCAACAUAGAAAUCAGAUUGAGCACAUCAAACAUAAUAUGAAUCAAACUGUUAACAGGAUGAAGCAUAUUCAUAGAGAUGUUCAAAUGCAGAAAGCCACAGUCACUGAGAUCAAAAGCAAAGAAAGACAGAAAGAAGGAAAAGACAACUUUGAAGCUAUGAAACUAAAACUCAGCAGAAUCCAGGAAGGCAUGGAAGAACUUUGGGAUGUGCUGGGAGUUGAGACUGUGGGAAAGAAGCAGCAGCUAGAGGCAGAAACUGGUCAGAUGGAAAGCAUGAAUCUUGAUACUCAAAACCAAAGACAAGACAUUGAUGUAAGUAUUAAGAUAACACAGUGGGAUAAAGAGAUGGAGUGUGAUAUUCAGUGUCAAAAACAAGAGCUGGAUAGCAAGUUUGCACAAGUCCAAUCUGAAAGAAAUGAGAUAGAAAGAAUCAAAAAGAAAAUAGCAACACAGAGAGAAAACAUUGAGAGAGACAGGCAUUUGGCUAAAGCAGAAAUGGAUGCAAUGAAGCAUAUCAGGGAGAGUAUUGAAAGGCAAAAACAGGAGCUGGAUGACAAGUCACAAAGGACAAAGAAAGAGAUGAGAGAGAUGGAAGUAAUGAGUAGUGAGACUGAAAUGAAGAAAAAUGAACUGUUGAAAAUGAUGAGAAUGAGCAGGAGAAAAAGGGAAGAGGUCAACAUGAUGAAAAGUGAAAUUGAAGCAGCUAAAGACAUGGAAGAACUACAAGAUAAGGUUGUGGGGCAGAGGUCAGAGCAGGAUCUGCAGGUGAACAUGGAGGACAGAUUUGAUGAGCAGAAGAUAAGACAGGGUGACAAAAUGAGAAAAAUAAUACAACACGAAGAGUAUCCAUUUGAGGAAAACAAUACGGAGACAAGCACCAAGAAGGAAUUGAGUAGUGGCAUGCAGAGAGUAAUUCUUGAAGUUGAAGAAAUCAGAAUGAUGCUUCGUAGAGUGAGAGAAGAUUCAGAGCACAGCAGGAGAGACAUUACAGAAGAACAAAAUCAAAUCAAAUGGAUGAAUUUUCAAGCAAAAAAAAAGAAAUGGGUGUCAGACCAACAGCUGGAGAAGACCAUGCACAAGAAGGAUGAGUUAGAAAUCAUGAAGAUAAAGAUACAACGACAAAGGGAGAAGUCUGAAAAAAAACUGGAAGAUAUAAUAGUAACAAUUCUUCGGAUUAUGGGUGGAAUGAAAGAUAACAUAGAAAAAGAUGCUGCAGAGAUUAACAACGCCCAGGUGCAGAUGCUCAGAACUCAAAGGAAGAUGGAGGAGAACAAAGAAGAAGUCAAAAAACACAUGGAUGAGGUGACUUCCAUGAAAACUCGGGUCAGCAAAUGGAUAUCAACAGAAUCUGCAAUCAAAAUGGCUUGUUCAGUCAACGCAUCUAAACAAGAACCACAGAAAGAAAUACACGGAGACUCUCUCAGAGAUCAAACAUUUGAAAUCUUGUCAAACAAAAAUGGAACAGAAGAUGAAAUUGCAAAAGAGGCCAUGUAUUUGCAACAAUAUGAACCAUUAGGAGAUCAGCAUAAAAGUAAAGAAAUAACAAAGCAGGUGUAUAUGCAUUCAGAGCACAAACAGGCUCAAGACCUCAAUUUAUUUGGUGUGGACGUGAAGGAAAAGCAGAAUGUUUUCUUACGGAUGCAGACAGAAAUUCAUCAAGACAUAUUAAUGGAUGAUGAUCAGAUUGAAUUACUAGGGAAGGUAAGAGAAAAGGUGAAUGUGGAAAAUCAGAUAUCGAAACUCAAGGAGAGAGAGGGGAAAAUGAGGGAGCAAAUAAUGUAUGCGAUGAAGUACAUGAAGGACAGAAAUGAAGAGGUAAAAAGGCUAUUUAUAGAAAUAAAUAACCUGCAGAGCCAGAGACCAGAGACUAAGACUGGGCUACAAAACACAUUCAGGGAAACUGGAGAUGUAGAAGAAAUAGUGCCUAGACUCCUUAAGGAAACAGAUUACAGAGAUAUUUUGAGGGUAAUCACCAAUGUUUUAGAAUAUGAAAAUCAAAUGCAAAAAGAGGAGAAAGGCAAUAUGGUGAGACAAGAAUUAGCUGAUAAGUCUGACUUGAGGAGACUGGAUGUUGAGAAGCAAAAACAAAUUCAGGAGUCAAGAGAAGAUCAACAAAUACAUCCUGAGGAGAUGGAUAGAGGUGCUUCUAAAAAGGACUCAGGAAGCGCUGAUUUACAAAGAUUAAGGACAGAGAUUUAUAGUACACAAGAAAUCAUAAGAUUAGUUGCACUAGAAUUUGAAGACCAAACUGAAGAAAGUAACAUAAAUAAAGAUCACAAGGAUGAAGGCAAUGCAAUUGAAGGUUUGCUAGAAGACAUUAAACAAUUCCAAGAGCUUUUGAAAAUGUUCAUUACUGAAAUGAGGAAAUGUGAAAUGCACCUGAAAGAAGAAAUGGACAACAUGAAAUGGAUGCAAACAGCAGGAAAGAAACAGAGAAGAGAGCUGGAUCAGAGGUUAGAGAAAACAUUGAUAGAGAGAGACGAACUACAUAUUUUAAAAAUACAUAUCAAGAAGCUAACUGAAGUGGUUGGGCAGAAGUUGGAGAAAAUGGCAAAAGUAAAGUGCACCAUUGAGAAAAUGUGUACAAAAAGCAGAAAGAAAGGUGAAGUCAUUGAGAUAAUUUUGAAAGAGACCAAAGUAAAACUGAGACAGUUAGAGGACCUGAACUAUACAAUUGAGGCUGCAAAAAAAAGCAUUGAAAACAGCAAUCUCUUAAUAUCCCAAGAAAGAGCUGAGCUUAAAAAAAUCAAAAAUGAAAUCAGGCAGCAAAACCAUAGAAAACCUUUCUUGGAAAAUACUGAGAGAGAGAACAGAGACUUAAGGAAAAGCGUCAGAAUGGGAACAGAUAAAGAAAUUAAACAAAUGAAGAAAACCAGAAUGGCCAUAGAAAUGGAGGAAAUGGAAAAUGAAACUGUCAGACUGAGAUUUGAAAACCAGAAACUUGAGGAGAACAUGAAACUAAUUAUGGACCAUUUGGAUCAAAAAAACUGUGAAAUUGAGCAACUUCAAAAAUCAUUAAGUGAACAACUGAAACAGAAGACUGAGAGAGAAGAUAAUGGAGUGCUGAAACAACACAUUCAAGCAGAGAAGCAGAAUGUGAGAAUAGCAAGACAACAAGCUGAGGCAGAAAUACAUGAGAUGAACCAUUUACGGGGGAGUAUGGCAAGACAGAAAUUAGAGCUUGUCCAUAUGAACAAAAGAGAAAUGAGAGAAAUGGAGCUGGUGAUAACAGAGCUUGAAGCAAAGAAAAAAGAAAGUAAACGGAUAGUUAGAAAAAGGAUGAGACAAAAGGAGGAGAGUGAAAUAAUGUGGAAAGAAUUACCAAGACAAAAGAAAUUACUGAGGAAAGAUACUGCUAAGAGAAGAAGAGAAUUAGACCAAAGACUGGAGAAAACCAUGAGAGAAAGGGAUGAGUUAGAAAUUAUGAGGAUAAAGGAUGAGAUAGGUGAUGGAAAGCAAAGUAACAAAGGCAAGAAUAUUGUUGUCCAUGUAUACACAAAACAAGAAAAAGAAGGGCUGGUAAAGCAAGAGGUUAAAUGCAUCAUGAAGACAGCUGAAAUUAUGUACCAAAGCUCUAAAGUCUCCAAUUCAGUUAUUGACCCUCAAAACAUGAGACAAAAGAUUAAUUUACAUUUGGAAAUAAUUUGGGGGGAAUUGGUGAAUCUUGAAAAUGUAAAUGCAAAUUUAAAGAACCAAAUAGAAGAGUUCAAUGCAGUAAAGGCUGCAAACACAACCAUCAAAGACAGCUUGAACAGAAUCAAAUCUCAGAUAAAGAUGAACUUUGAAAAAAUGACUAUACAGGUGAAUGCAGAGAGGGAUGAAAUGGUUCACAUGUGGGAAGCUAUCCGAAAACAAAAACUGGAGCUUGAAAUUACACUAGAGAACAUAAAAAGGGAAAGAAGAGCGAUGGAAGUGUUAAGGUCUGAGUUAGAAAUCAAAAAAAGAGAAAAUCAACAGAUGAUUAAGAAAGGCUUACGAAAAGGGUGUGAAGUUCAAAAUAUGUGGGCUGAGGUCAGAGGAGAAAAAAUUGCUCUCAAGAGGGAGACACAGAAGAAGAGAAGGGAGAUUGACCAGCAACUUGAUGGGAUCAUUAGAGAAAGGGAUGAACUAGAGAUCAUAAAACUGAAGCUUGAAAGAGAAAAAGACAAGAACAUUGAUGGGAUGAAAGUCUUAGAGAGUAAAGAAGACAAACAAUUUAUGAAAGAGGAAAAAAAAAAGUUGGAAAUCAAAACGGCUGAACGACAAAAGGGGAAAGAACAUGCAGACAGUCUGUUUCAUGAGAUACAUGAGAAGAAAGAGAAACGAGAAACUCUUCUUUUGGAAAAACAAGUUACUGAAAAACAGAAGGCCAGGCUGAAUCAAGACAGGGAGGAUCUGAAUAAGGUCAAUGAGAUGAUGAAGAAAGAGAAACUGGACUUGGAGCUGAUGAGGUACAACAUCCAGAAACAAAAUGACAUAUUAGAACAGCAGAAACAGAAUAUCACAGAGGAAAGAGACAAACUGGAAAAUACGAAGGCUGAGCUACGUGAGAAGAAAGAACAUGCAGACAGUCUAUUUCAUGAGAUACAUAGAGAGAAAACCAAUAUUAAAGAUCUGACUCUUCAGAUUCAGAUGGAGAGAGACAAACUUGAAAAUGUCAUGAACACGAUGACCUUAAAACAAAAACAACAAGAUCUCAUGGAAGACGAGAUCAAAAGAUCAGCAGAAGAACUCAAAACCAGUAGGAAAGUUUUGGAAACUGAAAGACGAGAACUUAAAGCUCUGAGGAAUGAUCUUAACAAGAAGAAAGAAGAGAUUGAAGCUACCAUGAACAACAUUAGUGAAGAGAGAGAAAAACAUAAUCAAAUGAAGAUCAGCUUUGACUUGGACAGACAAGUAUUUGACAAGGAGAAAGAUCAAAUAAAAGGUGAACUCUCUGAUUUGAAAUGUAGACAAGAGCAGUUCAUGAAUAACUUACAAUCUUUGAGAAGAAACCUGCAAGUGCUGAAUGAAAAGGCAAGUGGAAACAUUAAAAGCAAAAUGUGUAAAUUAUGUCAAAACAAUGAAGGAGUGCAAGUAUUAUCCCUCGGAUUGGAACAACACCUUGAAGCCUUUCAUCAAGGGAGAGACCAGAUGUUGGUUUACAAGAAGCUCCUACAGACAGAAAAGGAGGCCCUGAGAGGUUUCCUGUCAGACAUGGCCAUCCAGAGAGAAGAGAUGCGACAUCUUCUGUUUGAAAAACAAAACAUUGAAAAAGGAAAGGCCAGGCUGAAUCAAGACAAGGAGGAUCUGAAUAAGGUCAAUGAGAUGAUGACGAAAGAGAAACUGGACUUGGAGCUGAUGAGGUACAACAUCCAGAAACAAAAUUACAUAUUAGAACAGCAGAAACAGAAUAUCACAGAGGAAAGAGACAAACUGGAAAAUACAAAGGCUGAGCUACGUAAUAAGAAAGAACAUGCAGACAGUCUGUUUCAUGAGAUACAUAGAGAGAAAACCAACAUUAAAGAUCUGACUCUUCAGAUUCAGAUGGAGAGAGGCAAACUUGAAAAUGUCAUGAACACGAUGGCCUUGAAACGAAAAGGUGAAGAACUUGUGGAAGACAAGUUCAAAAGACAAACGGAAGAACUCCAAACCAUUAAGGCUAAUUUGGAAUCAGAAAGACGAGAACUGAAUAUUCUGAGGAAUGAUCUCCACAAGACGAAAGACGAGAUUGAAGCUGCCCGAAACAACAUCAGUGAAGAGAGAGAAAAACUCAAUCAAAUGAAGAUCAUCUUUGACAUGGGUAGACAAGUACUUGAGGAGGAGAAAGAUCAAAUGAAAGGCGAACUCUAUGAUUUGAAAUAUAGAGAAGAGCAGUUCAUGAGUAACUCACAAUCUUUGAGAAGAAACCUGCAAGUGCUGAAUGAAAAGGCAAGUGGAAACAUUAAAAGCAGAAUGUCUAAAUUAGACCACAACAUUGAAGAAGUGCAAGUAUUAUCCCUCGGAUUGGAACAACACCUUGAAACCUUUCAUCAAGGGAAAGACCAGAUGUGGGUUUACAAGAAGCUCAUACAGACAGAAAAGGAUGGCCUGAGAGGUUUCCUGUCAGACAUGGCCAUCCGGAGUGGACAGAUGGAAAGUCAAGAGAUGCGACGUCUUCUGUUGGAAAAAAAAGAUAUUGAAAAACGGAAGGCCAGGCUGAAUCAAGACAGGGAGGAUCUGAGUAAGGUCAAUGAGAUGAUGAAGAAAGAGAAACUGGACUUGGAGCUGAUGAGGUACAACAUCCAGAAACAAAAUGACACAUUAGAACAGCAGAAACAGAAUAUCACAGAGGAAAGAGACAAACUGGAAAAAACAAAGGCUGAGCUACGUAAGAAGAAAGAACAUGCAGACAGUCAGUUUCAUGAGAUACAUAGAGAGAAAACCAGCAUUAAAGAUCUGACUCUUCAGAUUCAGAUGGAGAGAGACAAACUUGAAAAUGUCAUGAACACGAUGACCUUAAAACAAAAACAACAAGAUCUCAUGGAAGACGAGAUCAAAAGAUCAACAGAAGAACUCAAAACCAGUAGGAAAGAUUUGGAAACUGAAAGACGAGAACUUAAAGCUCUGAGGAAUGAUCUUAACAAGAAGAAAGAAGAGAUUGAAGCUACCAUGAACAACAUUAGUGAAGAGAGAGAAAAACAUAAUCAAAUGAAGAUCAGCUUUGACUUGGACAGACAAGUAUUUGACAAGGAGAAAGAUCAAAUAAAAGGUGAACUCUCUGAUUUGAAAUGUAGACAAGAGCAGUUCAUGAGUAACUUACAAUCUUUGAGAAGAAACCUGCAAGUGCUGAAUGAAAAGGCAACUGGAAACAUUAAAAGCAAAAUGUCUAAAUUAUGUCAAAACAAUGAAGGAGUGCAAGUAUUAUCCCUCGGAUUGGAACAACACCUUGAAGCCUUUCAUCAAGGGAGAGACCAGAUGUUGGUUUACAAGAAGCUCCUACAGACAGAAAAGGAUUCCCUGAGAGGUUUCCUGUCAGACAUGGCCAUCCAGAGACAACCGAUGCGACAUCUUCUGUUUGAAAAACAAAAUAUUGAAAAAGGAAAGGCCAGGCUGAAUCAAGACAAGGAGGAUCUGAAUAAGGUCAAUGAGAUGAUGACGAAAGAGAAACUGGACUUGGAGCUGAUGAGGUACAACAUCCAGAAACAAAAUGACAUAUUAGAACAGCAGAAACAGAAUAUCACAGAAGAAAGAGACAAGCUGGAAAAUACAAAGGCUGAGCUACGUAAUAAGAAAGAACAUGCAGACAGACUGUUUCAUGAGAUACAUAGAGAGAAAACCAACAUUAAAGAUCUGACUCUUCAGAUUCAGAUGGAGAGAGGCAAACUUGAAAAUGUCAUGAACACGAUGACCUUGAAACGAAAAGGUGAAGAACUUGUGGAAGACAAGUUCAAAAGACAAACGGAAGAACUCCAAACCAUUAAGGCUAAUUUGGAAUCAGAAAGACGAGAACUGAAUAUUCUGAGGAAUGAUCUCCACAAGACGAAAGACGAGAUUGAAGCUGCCCGGAACAACAUCAGUGAAGAGAGAGAAAAACUCAAUCAAAUGAAGAUCAUCUUUGACAUGGGUAGACAAGUACUUGAGGAGGAGAAAGAUCAAAUGAAAGGCGAACUCUCUGAUUUGAAAUAUAGAGAAGAGCAGUUCAUGAGUAACUCACAAUCUUUGAGAAGAAACCUGCAAGUGCUGAAUGAAAAGGCAAGUGGAAACAUUAAAAGCAAAAUGUCUAAAUUAGAUCAAAACAGUGAAGAAGUGCAAGUAUUAUCCCUCAGAUUGGAACAACACCUUGAAGCCUUUCUACAAGGGAGAGACCAGAUGUGGGUUUACAAGAAGCUCCUACAGACAGAAAAGGAUGCCCUGAGAGGUUUCCUGUCAGACAUGGCCAUCCGGAGUGGACAGAUGGAAAGUCAACAGAUGCAACAUCUUCUGUUGGAAAAACAAGAUAUUGAAAAACAGAUGGCCAGGCUGAAUCAAGACAGGGAGGAUCUGAAUAAGGUCAAUGAGAUGUUGAAGAAAGAGAAACUGGACUUGGAGCUGAUGAGGUACAACAUCCAGAAACAAAAUGACACAUUAGAACAGCAGAAACAGAAUAUCACAGCGGAAAGAGACAAGCUGGAAAAUACAAAGGCUGAGCUACGUAAUAAGAAAGAACAGGCAGACAGGGUGUUUCAUGAGGUACAUAGAGAGAAAACCAACAUUAAAGACCUGACUCUUCAGAUUCAGAUGGAGAGAGACAAACUUGAAAAUGUCAUGAACGCAAUGACCUUAAAACAAAAACAACAAGAUCUCAUGGAAGAUGAGAUCAAAAGAUCAACAGAAGAACUCAAAACCAGUAGGAAAGAUUUGGAAACUGAAAGACGAGAACUUAAAUCUCUGAGGAAUGAUCUUAACAAGAAGACAGAAGAGAUUGAAGCUGCCAUGAACAACAUUAUUGAAGAGAGAGAAAAACAUAAUCAGAUGAAAAUCAGCUUUGACUUGGACAGACAACUACUUGACAAGGAGAAAGAUCAAAUAAAAGGCGAACUCUCUGGUUUGAAAUGUAGAGAAGAGCAGUUCAUGAGUAACUUACAAUCUUUGAAAAGAAACCUGCAAGUGCUGAAUGAAAAGGCAAGUGGAAACAUUAAAAGCAAAAUGUCUAAAUUAUGUCAAAACAAUGAAGAAGUGCAAGUAUUAUCCCUCGGAUUGGAACAACACCUUGAAGCCUUUCAUCAAGGGAGAGACCAGAUGUUGGUUUACAAGAAGCUCCUACAGACCGAAAAGGAUGCCCUGAGAGGUUUCCUGUCAGACAUGGCCAUCCAGAGAGAAGAGAUGCGACAUCUUCUGUUUGAAAAACAAAAUAUUGAAAAAGGAAAGGCCAGGCUGAAUCAAGACAAGGAGGAUCUGAAUAAGGUCAAUGAGAUGAUGAUGAAAGAGAAACUGGACUUGGAGCUGAUGAGGUACAACAUCCAGAAACAAAAUGACAUAUUAGAACAGCAGAAACAGAAUAUCACAGAGGAAAGAGACAAGCUGGAAAAUACAAAGGCUGAGCUACAUAAUAAGAAAGAACAUGCAGACAGUCUGUUUCAUGAGAUACAUAGAGAGAAAACCAACAUUAAAGACCUGACUCUUCAGAUUCAGAUGGAGAGAGACAAACUUGAAAAUGUCAUGAACGCAAUGACCUUAAAACAAAAACAACAAGAUCUCAUGGAAGAUGAGAUCAAAAGAUCAACAGAAGAACUCAAAACCAGUAGGAAAGAUUUGGAAACUGAAAGACGAGAACUUAAAUCUCUGAGGAAUGAUCUUAACAAGAAGACAGAAGAGAUUGAAGCUGCCAUGAACAACAUUAUUGAAGAGAGAGAAAAACAUAAUCAGAUGAAAAUCAGCUUUGACUUGGACAGACAACUACUUGACAAGGAGAAAGAUCAAAUAAAAGGCGAACUCUCUGGUUUGAAAUGUAGAGAAGAGCAGUUCAUGAGUAACUUACAAUCUUUGAAAAGAAACCUGCAAGUGCUGAAUGAAAAGGCAAGUGGAAACAUUAAAAGCAAAAUGUCUAAAUUAUGUCAAAACAAUGAAGAAGUGCAAGUAUUAUCCCUCGGAUUGGAACAACACCUUGAAGCCUUUCAUCAAGGGAGAGACCAGAUGUUGGUUUACAAGAAGCUCCUACAGACCGAAAAGGAUGCCCUGAGAGGUUUCCUGUCAGACAUGGCCAUCCAGAGAGAAGAGAUGCGACAUCUUCUGUUUGAAAAACAAAAUAUUGAAAAAGGAAAGGCCAGGCUGAAUCAAGACAAGGAGGAUCUGAAUAAGGUCAAUGAGAUGAUGAUGAAAGAGAAACUGGACUUGGAGCUGAUGAGGUACAACAUCCAGAAACAAAAUGACAUAUUAGAACAGCAGAAACAGAAUAUCACAGAGGAAAGAGACAAGCUGGAAAAUACAAAGGCUGAGCUACAUAAUAAGAAAGAACAUGCAGACAGUCUGUUUCAUGAGAUACAUAGAGAGAAAACCAACAUUAAAGAUCUGACUCUUCAGAUUCAGAUGGAGAGAGACAAACUUGAAAAUGUCAUGAACACGAUGACCUUAAAACAAAAACAAGAAGAUCUCAUGGAAGACGAGAUCAAAAGAUCAACAGAAGAACUCAAAACCAGUAGGAAAGAUUUGGAAACUGAAAGACGAGAACUUAAAGCUCUGAGGAAUGAUCUCCACAAGAAGAAAGAAGAGAUUGAAGCUGCCAUGAACAACAUUCGUGAAGAGAGAGAAAAACAUAAUCAGAUGAAGAUCAGCUUUGACUUGGACAGACAAGUACUUGACAAGGAGAAAGAUCAAAUAAAAGGCGAACUCUCUGAUUUGAAAUGUAGAGAAGAGCAGUUCAUGAGUAACUCACAAUCUUUGAAAAGAAACCUGCAAGUGCUGAAUGAAAAGGCAAGUGGAAACAUUAAAAGCAGAAUGUCUAAAUUAGACCAAAACAUUGAAGAAGUGCAAGUAUUAUCCCUCGGAUUGGAACAACACCUUGAAACCUUUCAUCAAGGGAGAGACCAGAUGUGUGUUUACAAGAAGCUCAUACAGACAGAAAAGGAUGCCCUGAGAGGUUUCCUGUCAGCCAUGGCCAUGCGGAGUGGACAGAUGGAAAGUCAAGAGAUGCGACGUCUUCUGUUGGAAAAAAAAGAUAUUGAAAAACGGAAGGCCAGGCUGAAUCAAGACAGGGAGGAUCUGAGUAAGGUCAAUGAGAUGAUGAAGAAAGAGAAACUGGACUUGGAGCUGAUGAGGUACAACAUCCAGAAACAAAAUGACAUAUUAGAACAGCAGAAACAGAAUAUCAUAGAGGAAAGAGACAAACUGGAAAAAACAAAGGCCGAGCUACGUAAGAAGAAAGAACAGGCAGACAGGGUGUUUCAUGAGGUACAUAGAGAGAAAACCAACAUUAAAGACCUGACUCUUCAGAUUCAGAUGGAGAGAGACAAACUUGAAAAUGUCAUGAACGCAAUGACCUUAAAACAAAAACAACAAGAUCUCAUGGAAGAUGAGAUCAAAAGAUCAACAGAAGAACUCAAAACCAGUAGGAAAGAUUUGGAAACUGAAAGACGAGAACUUAAAUCUCUGAGGAAUGAUCUUAACAAGAAGAAAGAAGAGAUUGAAGCUGCCAUGAACAACAUUAGUGAAGAGAGAGAAAAACAUAAUCAGAUGAAAAUCAGCUUUGACUUGGACAGACAACUACUUGACAAGGAGAAAGAUCAAAUAAAAGGCGAACUCUCUGGUUUGAAAUGUAGAGAAGAGCAGUUCAUGAGUAACUUACAAUCUUUGAAAAGAAACCUGCAAGUGCUGAAUGAAAAGGCAAGUGGAAACAUUAAAAGCAAAAUGUCUAAAUUAUGUCAAAACAAUGAAGAAGUGCAAGUAUUAUCCCUCGGAUUGGAACAACACCUUGAAGCCUUUCAUCAAGGGAGAGACCAGAUGUUGGUUUACAAGAAGCUCCUACAGACCGAAAAGGAUGCCCUGAGAGGUUUCCUGUCAGACAUGGCCAUCCAGAGAGAAGAGAUGCGACAUCUUCUGUUUGAAAAACAAAAUAUUGAAAAAGGAAAGGCCAGGCUGAAUCAAGACAAGGAGGAUCUGAAUAAGGUCAAUGAGAUGAUGACGAAAGAGAAACUGGACUUGGAGCUGAUGAGGUACAACAUCCAGAAACAAAAUGACAUAUUAGAACAGCAGAAACAGAAUAUCACAGAGGAAAGAGACAAGCUGGAAAAUACAAAGGCUGAGCUACAUAAUAAGAAAGAACAUGCAGACAGUCUGUUUCAUGAGAUACAUAGAGAGAAAACCAACAUUAAAGAUCUGACUCUUCAGAUUCAGAUGGAGAGAGACAAACUUGAAAAUGUCAUGAACACGAUGACCUUAAAACAAAAACAACAAGAUCUCAUGGAAGAUGAGAUCAAAAGAUCAGCAGAAGAACUCAAAACCAGUAGGAAAGAUUUGGAAACUGAAAGACGAGAACUUAAAGCUCUGAGGAAUGAUCUUAACAAGAAGAAAGAAGAGAUUGACGCUACCAUGAACAACAUUAGUGAAGAGAGAGAAAAACAUAAUCAAAUGAAGAUCAGCUUUGACUUGGACAGACAAGUAUUUGACAAGGAGAAAGAUCAAAUAAAAGGUGAAGUCUCUGAUUUGAAAUGUAGACAAGAGCAGUUCAUGAAUAACUUACAAUCUUUGAGAAGAAACCUGCAAGUGCUGAAUGAAAAGGCAAGUGGAAACAUUAAAAGCAAAAUGUGUAAAUUAUGUCAAAACAAUGAAGGAGUGCAAGUAUUAUCCCUCGGAUUGGAACAACACCUUGAAGCCUUUCAUCAAGGGAGAGACCAGAUGUUGGUUUACAAGAAGCUCCUACAGACAGAAAAGGAGGCCCUGAGAGGUUUCCUGUCAGACAUGGCCAUCCAGAGAGAAGAGAUGCGACAUCUUCUGUUUGAAAAACAAAAUAUUGAAAAAGGAAAGGCCAGGCUGAAUCAAGACAAGGAGGAUCUGAAUAAGGUCAAUGAGAUGAUGACGAAAGAGAAACUGGACUUGGAGCUGAUGAGGUACAACAUCCAGAAACAAAAUUACAUAUUAGAACAGCAGAAACAGAAUAUCACAGAGGAAAGAGACAAACUGGAAAAUACAAAGGCUGAGCUACGUAAUAAGAAAGAACAUGCAGACAGUCUGUUUCAUGAGAUACAUAGAGAGAAAACCAACAUUAAAGAUCUGACUCUUCAGAUUCAGAUGGAGAGAGGCAAACUUGAAAAUGUCAUGAACACGAUGGCCUUGAAACGAAAAGGUGAAGAACUUGUGGAAGACAAGUUCAAAAGACAAACGGAAGAACUCCAAACCAUUAAGGCUAAUUUGGAAUCAGAAAGACGAGAACUGAAUAUUCUGAGGAAUGAUCUCCACAAGACGAAAGACGAGAUUGAAGCUGCCCGAAACAACAUCAGUGAAGAGAGAGAAAAACUCAAUCAAAUGAAGAUCAUGUUUGACAUGGGGAGACAAGUACUUGAGGAGGAGAAAGAUCAAAUAAAAGGCGACCUCUCUGAUUUGAAAUGUAGAGAAGAGCAGUUCAUGAGUAACCUACAAUCUUUGAGAAGAAACCUGCAAGUGCUGAAUGAAAAGGCAAGUGGAAACAUUAAAAGCAAAAUGUGUAAAUUAUGUCAAAACAAUGAAGAAGUGCAAGUAUUAUCCCUCGGAUUGGAACAACACCUUGAAGCCUUUCAUCAAGGGAGAGACCAGAUGUUGGUUUACAAGAAGCUCCUACAGACAGAAAAGGAUGCCCUGAGAGCUUUCCUGUCAGACAUGGCCAUCCAGAGAGAACAGAUGCGACAUCUUCUGUUUGAAAAACAAAAUAUUGAAAAAGGAAAGGCCAGGCUGAAUCAAGACAAGGAGGAUCUGAAUAAGGUCAAUGAGAUGAUGACGAAAGAGAAACUGGACUUGGAGCUGAUGAGGUACAACAUCCAGAAACAAAAUGACAUAUUAGAAAAGCAGAAACAGAAUAUCACAGAGGAAAGAGACAAGCUGGAAAAUACAAAGGCUGAGCUACGUAAUAAGAAAGAACAUGCAGACAGUCUGUUUCAUGAGAUACAUAGAGAGAAAACCAACAUUAAAGAUCUGACUCUUCAGAUUCAGAUGGAGAGAGGCAAACUUGAAAAUGUCAUGAACACGAUGACCUUGAAACGAAAAGGUGAAGAACUUGUGGAAGACAAGUUCAAAAGACAAACGGAAGAACUCCAAACCAUUAAGGCUAAUUUGGAAUCAGAAAGACGAGAACUGAAUAUUCUGAGGAAUGAUCUCCACAAGACGAAAGACGAGAUUGAAGCUGCCCGGAACAACAUCAGUGAAGAGAGAGAAAAACUCAAUCACAUGAAGAUCAUCUUUGACAUGGGGAGACAAGUACUUGAGGAGGAGAAAGAUCAAAUGAAAGGCGAACUCUAUGAUUUGAAAUAUAGAGAAGAGCAGUUCAUGAGUAACUCACAAUCUUUGAGAAGAAACCUGCAAGUGCUGAAUGAAAAGGCAAGUGGAAACAUUAAAAGCAAAAUGUCUAAAUUAGAUCAAAACAUUGAAGAAGUGCAAGUAUUAUCCCUCGGAUUGGAACAACACCUUGAAGCCUUUCAUCAAGGGAGAGACCAGAUGUGGGUUUACAAGAAGCUCAUACAGACAGAAAAGGAUGCCCUGAGAGGUGUCCUGUCAGACAUGGCCAUCCGGAGUGGACAGAUGGAAAGUCGACAGAUGCAACAUCUUCUGUUGGUAAAACAAGAUAUUGAAAAACAGAUGGCCAGGCUGAAUCAAGACAGGGAGGAUCUGAAUAAGGUCAAUGAGAUGAUGAAAAAAGAGAAACUGGACUUGGAGCUGAUGAGGUACAACAUCCAGAAACAAAAUGACACAUUAGAACAGCAGAAACAGAAUAUCACAGAGGAAAGAGACAAGCUGGAAAAUACAAAGGCUGAGCUACGUAAUAAGAAAGAACAGGCAGACAGGGUGUUUCAUGAGGUACAUAGAGAGAAAACCAACAUUAAAGACCUGACUCUUCAGAUUCAGAUGGAGAGAGACAAACUUGAAAAUGUCAUGAACGCAAUGACCUUAAAACAAAAACAACAAGAUCUCAUGGAAGAUGAGAUCAAAAGAUCAACAGAAGAACUCAAAACCAGUAGGAAAGAUUUGGAAACUGAAAGACGAGAACUUAAAUCUCUGAGGAAUGAUCUUAACAAGAAGAAAGAAGAGAUUGAAGCUGCCAUGAACAACAUUAGUGAAGAGAGCGAAAAACAUAAUCAGAUGAAAAUCAGCUUUGACUUGGACAGACAACUACUUGACAAGGAGAAAGAUCAAAUAAAAGGCGAACUCUCUGGUUUGAAAUGUAGAGAAGAGCAGUUCAUGAGUAACUUACAAUCUUUGAGAAGAAACCUGCAAGUGCUGAAUGAAAAGGCAAGUGGAAACAUUAAAAGCAAAAUGUCUAAAUUAGAUCAAAACAUUGAAGAAGUGCAAGUAUUAUCCCUCGGAUUGGAACAACACCUUGAAGCCUUUCAUCAAGGGAGAGACCAGAUGUGGGUUUACAAGAAGCUCAUACAGACAGAAAAGGAUGCCCUGAGAGGUGUCCUGUCAGACAUGGCCAUCCGGAGUGGACAGAUGGAAAGUCGACAGAUGCAACAUCUUCUGUUGGUAAAACAAGAUAUUGAAAAACAGAUGGCCAGGCUGAAUCAAGACAGGGAGGAUCUGAAUAAGGUUUAUGAGAUGAUGAAGAAAGAGAAACUGGACUUGGAGCUGAUGAGGUACAACAUCCAGAAACAAAAUGACAUAUUAGAACAGCAGAAACAGAAUAUCAUAGAGGAAAGAGACAAACUGGAAAAAACAAAGGCCGAGCUACGUAAGAAGAAAGAACAGGCAGACAGGGUGUUUCAUGAGGUACAUAGAGAGAAAACCAACAUGAAAGACCUGACUCUUCAGAUUCAGAUGGAGAGAGACAAACUUGAAAAUGUCAUGAACGCAAUGACCUUAAAACAAAAACAACAAGAUCUCAUGGAAGAUGAGAUCAAAAGAUCAACAGAAGAACUCAAAACCAGUAGGAAAGAUUUGGAAACUGAAAGACGAGAACUUAAAUCUCUGAGGAAUGAUCUUAACAAGAAGAAAGAAGAGAUUGAAGCUGCCAUGAACAACAUUAGUGAAGAGAGAGAAAAACAUAAUCAGAUGAAAAUCAGCUUUGACUUGGACAGACAACUACUUGACAAGGAGAAAGAUCAAAUAAAAGGCGAACUCUCUGGUUUGAAAUGUAGAGAAGAGCAGUUCAUGAGUAACUUACAAUCUUUGAAAAGAAACCUGCAAGUGCUGAAUGAAAAGGCAAGUGGAAACAUUAAAAGCAAAAUGUCUAAAUUAUGUCAAAACAAUGAAGAAGUGCAAGUAUUAUCCCUCGGAUUGGAACAACACCUUGAAGCCUUUCAUCAAGGGAGAGACCAGAUGUUGGUUUACAAGAAGCUCCUACAGACCGAAAAGGAUGCCCUGAGAGGUUUCCUGUCAGACAUGGCCAUCCAGAGAGAAGAGAUGCGACAUCUUCUGUUUGAAAAACAAAAUAUUGAAAAAGGAAAGGCCAGGCUGAAUCAAGACAAGGAGGAUCUGAAUAAGGUCAAUGAGAUGAUGACGAAAGAGAAACUGGACUUGGAGCUGAUGAGGUACAACAUCCAGAAACAAAAUGACAUAUUAGAACAGCAGAAACAGAAUAUCACAGAGGAAAGAGACAAGCUGGAAAAUACAAAGGCUGAGCUACAUAAUAAGAAAGAACAUGCAGACAGUCUGUUUCAUGAGAUACAUAGAGAGAAAACCAACAUUAAAGAUCUGACUCUUCAGAUUCAGAUGGAGAGAGACAAACUUGAAAAUGUCAUGAACACGAUGACCUUGAAACGAAAAGGUGAAGAACUUGUGGAAGACAAGUUCAAAAGACAAACGGAAGAACUCCAAACCAUUAAGGCUAAUUUGGAAUCAGAAAGACGAGAACUGAAUAUUCUGAGGAAUGAUCUCCACAAGACGAAAGACGAGAUUGAAGCUGCCCGGAACAACAUCAGUGAAGAGAGAGAAAAACUCAAUCACAUGAAGAUCAUCUUUGACAUGGGGAGACAAGUACUUGAGGAGGAGAAAGAUCAAAUGAAAGGCGAACUCUAUGAUUUGAAAUAUAGAGAAGAGCAGUUCAUGAGUAACUCACAAUCUUUGAGAAGAAACCUGCAAGUGCUGAAUGAAAAGGCAAGUGGAAACAUUAAAAGCAAAAUGUCUAAAUUAGAUCAAAACAUUGAAGAAGUGCAAGUAUUAUCCCUCGGAUUGGAACAACACCUUGAAGCCUUUCAUCAAGGGAGAGACCAGAUGUGGGUUUACAAGAAGCUCAUACAGACAGAAAAGGAUGCCCUGAGAGGUGUCCUGUCAGACAUGGCCAUCCGGAGUGGACAGAUGGAAAGUCGACAGAUGCAACAUCUUCUGUUGGUAAAACAAGAUAUUGAAAAACAGAUGGCCAGGCUGAAUCAAGACAGGGAGGAUCUGAAUAAGGUCAAUGAGAUGAUGAAAAAAGAGAAACUGGACUUGGAGCUGAUGAGGUACAACAUCCAGAAACAAAAUGACACAUUAGAACAGCAGAAACAGAAUAUCACAGAGGAAAGAGACAAGCUGGAAAAUACAAAGGCUGAGCUACGUAAUAAGAAAGAACAGGCAGACAGGGUGUUUCAUGAGGUACAUAGAGAGAAAACCAACAUUAAAGACCUGACUCUUCAGAUUCAGAUGGAGAGAGACAAACUUGAAAAUGUCAUGAACGCAAUGACCUUAAAACAAAAACAACAAGAUCUCAUGGAAGAUGAGAUCAAAAGAUCAACAGAAGAACUCAAAACCAGUAGGAAAGAUUUGGAAACUGAAAGACGAGAACUCAAAUCUCUGAGGAAUGAUCUUAACAAGAAGAAAGAAGAGAUUGAAGCUGCCAUGAACAACAUUAGUGAAGAGAGCGAAAAACAUAAUCAGAUGAAAAUCAGCUUUGACUUGGACAGACAACUACUUGACAAGGAGAAAGAUCAAAUAAAAGGCGAACUCUCUGGUUUGAAAUGUAGAGAAGAGCAGUUCAUGAGUAACUUACAAUCUUUGAGAAGAAACCUGCAAGUGCUGAAUGAAAAGGCAAGUGGAAACAUUAAAAGCAAAAUGUCUAAAUUAGAUCAAAACAUUGAAGAAGUGCAAGUAUUAUCCCUCGGAUUGGAACAACACCUUGAAGCCUUUCAUCAAGGGAGAGACCAGAUGUGGGUUUACAAGAAGCUCAUACAGACAGAAAAGGAUGCCCUGAGAGGUGUCCUGUCAGACAUGGCCAUCCGGAGUGGACAGAUGGAAAGUCGACAGAUGCAACAUCUUCUGUUGGUAAAACAAGAUAUUGAAAAACAGAUGGCCAGGCUGAAUCAAGACAGGGAGGAUCUGAAUAAGGUUUAUGAGAUGAUGAAGAAAGAGAAACUGGACUUGGAGCUGUUGAGGUACAACAUCCAGAAACAAAAUGACACAUUAGAACAGCAGAAACAGAAUAUCACAGAGGAAAGAGACAAGCAGGAAAAUACAAAGGCUGAGCUACGUAAUAAGAAAGAACAGGCAGACAGUCUGUUUCAUGAGGUACAUAGAGAGAAAACCAACAUUAAAGACCUGACUCUUCAGAUUCAGAUGGAGAGAGGCAAACUUGAAAAUGUCAUAAACACAAUGACCUUAAAACAAAAACAACAAGAUCUCAUGGAAGAUGAUUUCAAAAGAUCAACAGAAGAACUCAAAACCAGUAGGAAAGAUUUGGAAACUGAAAGACGAGUACUUAAAGCUCUGAGGAAUGAUCUUAACAAGAAGAAAGAAGAGAUUGAAGCUGCCAUGAACGACAUUAGUGAAGAGAGAGAAAAACAUAAUCAGAUGAAGAUCAGCUUUGACUUGGACAGACAAGUACUUGACAAGGAGAAAGAUCAAAUAAAAGGCGAACUCUCUGAUUUGAAAUGUAGAGAAGAACAGUUCAUGAGUAGCUUACAAUCUUUGAGAAGAAACCUGCAAGUGCUGAAUGAAAAGGCAAGUGGAAACAUUAAAAGCAAAAUGUCUGAAUUAGGUCAAAACAAUGAAGAAGUGCAAGUAUUAUCCCUCGGAUUGGAACAACACCUUGAAACCUUUCAUCAAGGGAGAGACCAGAUGUUUUUUUACAAGAAACUUAUACAGGCAGAAAAGGAUGCCCUGAGAAGUUUCCGGUUAGACAUGGUCAUCCGCAGAGGACAGCUUGAAAGUCAAGGGAUGCAACAUCUUCUGUUGGAAAAACAAGAUAUUGAAAAACAGACGGCCAGGCUGAAUCAAGACAGGGAGGAUCUGAAUAAGGUCAAUGAGAUGAUGAAGAAAGAGAAACUGGACUUGGAGCUGACGAGGUACAAUAUCCAGAAACAAAAUGACAUAUUAGAACAGCAGAAACAGAAUAUCACAGAGGAAAGAGACAAACUGGAAAAAAUAAAGGCUGAGCUACAUAAUAAGAAAGAACAUGCAGACAGUCUGUUUCAUGAGAUACAUAGAGAGAAAACCAACAUUAAAGAUCUGACUCUUCAGAUUCAGAUGGAGAGAGACAAACUUGAAAAUGUCAUGAACACAAUGACCUUAAAACAAAAGCAACAAGAUCUCAUGGAAGACGAGUUCAAAAGAUCAACAGAAGAACUCAAAACCAGUAGGAAAGAUUUGGAAACUGAAAGACGAGAACUUAAAGCUCUGAGGAAUGAUCUUAAUAAGAAGAAAGAAGAGAUUGAAGCUGCCAUGAACAACAUUAGUGAAGAGAGAGAAAAACAUAAUCAGAUGAAGAUCAGCUUUGACUUGGACAGACAAGUACUUGACAAGGAGAAAGAUCAAAUAAAAGGCGACCUCUCUGAUUUGAAAUGUAGAGAAGAGCAGUUCAUGAGUAACUUACAAUCUUUGAGAAGAAACCUGCAAGUGCUGAAUGAAAAGGCAAGUGGAAACAUUAAUAGCAAAAUGUCUGAAUCAUGUCAAAACAAUGAAGAAGUGCAAGUAUUAACUCUCGGAUUGGAACAACACCUUGAAGCCUUUCAUCAAGGGAGAGACCAGAUGUUGGUUUACAAGAAGCUCCUACAGACAGAAAAGGAUGCCCUGAGAGGUUUCCUGUCAGACAUGGCCAUCCGGAGUGGACAGAUGGAAAGUCAAGAGAUCCGACAUCUUCUGUUGGAAAAACAAGAUAUUGAAAAACAGAAGGCCAGGCUGAAUCAAGACAGGGAGGAUCUGAAUAAGGUCAAUGAGAUGAUGAAGAAAGAGAAACUGGACUUGGAGCUGAUGAGGUACAACAUCCAGAAACAAAAUUACAUAUUAGAACAGCAGAAACAGAAUAUCACAGAGGAAAGAGACAAACUGGAAAAAACAAAGGUUGAGCUUCGUAAGAAGAAAGAACAUGCAGACAGUCUGUUUAAUGAGAUACAUAGAGAGAAAACCAACAUUAAAGACCUGACUCUUCAGAUUCAGAUGGAGAGAGACAAACUUGAAAAUGUCAUGAACACAAUGACCUUAAAACAAAAGCAACAAGAUCUCAUGGAAGACGAGUUCAAAAGAUCAACAGAAGAACUCAAAACCAGUAGGAAAGAUUUGGAAUCAGAAAGACGAGAACUGAAUAUUCUGAGGAAUGAUCUCCACAAGACGAAAGACGAGAUUGAAGCUGCCCGGAACAACAUCAGUGAAGAGAGAGAAAAACUCAAUCACAUGAAGAUCAUCUUUGACAUGGGGAGACAAGUACUUGAGGAGGAGAAAGAUCAAAUGAAAGGCGAACUCUAUGAUUUGAAAUGUAGAGAAGAGCAGUUCAUGAGUAACUCACAAUCUUUGAGAAGAAACCUGCAAGUGCUGAAUGAAGAGGCAAGUGGAAACAUUAAAAGCAAAAUGUCUAAAUUAGAUCAAAACAUUGAAGAAGUGCAAAUAUUAUCCCUCGGAUUGGAACAACACCUUGAAGCCUUUCAUCAAGGGAGAGACCAGAUGUGGGUUUACAAGAAUCUCAUACAGACAGAAAAGGAUGCCCUGAGAGGUUUCCUGUCAGACAUGGCCAUCCGGAGUGGACAGAUGGAAAGUCAAGAGAUCCGACAUCUUCUGUUGGAAAAACAAGAUAUUGAAAAACAGAAGGCCAGGCUGAAUCAAGACAGGGAGGAUCUGAAUAAGGUCAAUGAGAUGAUGAAGAAAGAGAAACUGGACUUGGAGCUGAUGAGCUCCUGCGGGGAAGCUUUCAACCCAUUCUUCAAAUACCUAUGCGGAGAGGUGGGACAGUUUUGCUGCUGCUCUGAUAUGGCUCUGGAGGUAGUAUCAGAGCCGCAGCAGAGGUGA